AGGUAUCUUUCAGUCGAAACACUCAAACUCUCUUUUUUUGGUAUAAAGUUUAAAUUCGUUUGAAAAAUGAUUUCAUUUGCGAAAUAUCAUCCAAAAUGAAACCAUUGAUUGUAAUAUUCGCUUUGAUGGCCGUUGCUCUGGCCAUGCCCCAUAGAUCUGGUGGAGGCUACGGUGAUGGCUAUGGACAUGGUAGUCCUGGCGGCUAUGGUGCCCAAGGAGGCGGCUAUGGUUCUGGAGUUGGAGGAGGAUCAUUUGGGCCUGGUGCUGGACAAGGCGGAUAUGGCGGACAAAGAGAAGGCUUUGGAGGACAACGGGAAGGCUUUGGAGGACAACGGGAAGGCUUUGGCGGACAAAGGGAAGGCUUUGGUGGACAAAGGGAAGGCUUUGGCGGACAAAGGGAAGGCUUUGGCGGACAAAGGGAAGGCUUUGGCGGACAAAGGGAAGGCUUUGGCGGACAAAGGGAAGGCUUUGGCGGACAAAGGGAAGGCUUUGGCGGACAAAGGGAAGGCUUUGGCGGACAAAGGGAAGGCUUUGGCGGACAAAGGGAAGGCUUUGGCGGAGAAAGAGGGUUUGGACCAGGAGGCUUUGGCGAACAGCGGAAUGGCCAUACCCAUCGUUUCCAUCAUGGAUACUAGAAGACCAGACCGAAGACAUCUUCCAUGAAGAAUAUUGGUCAAUCGCAUUUUAAGGAUUAAAUCACACACGAAUAAACGAAUUAUAAAUAUACUUAAUGAAAAGCAAACAAAAAAUUGUACAAUACUUUUGCUAUGAAUAAUACUACUAA